AUGAAGGUGGGCAGCGAAGGUUUGAUACCAAAACUGAGGGAGCAAAAGGAAACAGGGAAAGGCAAUGCAGAAUCUCAAAGUCAAAAUCUUGAGAAGCAAAUUGAACAUUUUACUCAUGGCCAUCCCCUAAGCUACUAUGAGAUAAUUGAAAAGAAUGAAGAUGUUCUCUGCAAGGCUUGCACUUUUGAAAUUUAUGGCCAAGCCUAUGGCUGUGAAAGUUGCAAAUACUACUUACACAAUCCAUGCGUCAAAUUGUCCUAUGAAGUGUUACAUCCUCUUCACCCCCAGUAUCGGCUUGAUGUGAAAUGUUUUACUUCAACCGAGCCUAACAACGAGGCUCAAAGGCUAAAAGAGAUGGCCAGAAAGUUAAAGUUGUGCCCUUUCCAACAAGAUCACAAACUUUUCUUCUUCCAUUUUACUCAAGUCAAAAAAUACUCUCGAUGCAACCUUUGCUUCCUACCAAUAUCAGGUUUAAUUUCUAGAUGCUUUGUCUGUGAAUAUACUCUUCAUGAAUCUUGUCUUGGAUUUCCACCGGAGAUGGCACUCCGAUUUCAUCUGGAACACCCCCUGCACCCAAUUUUAAAUCGAGACAUAUGCUAUCUUGCAUGCCGUGCUUUAUUCCAUAUGAAUGUCAUCAUCUUCAAUUGUAGGCAAUAUGGAGACAUCAACCUCCAUCUUUCAUGUGCCAAUUCCCUGUGGCGAGCCUUAGAAUCCAAGUCUGACCCUCAUCCUCUCUUCUAUUUGGGUACAGAAUUCCAAAAACUCUUCGCCAAUAUGUCCGACAAAUUCUUUGGACAAGAUAUUCAUUUCAAAUGUAAUAAAUGCAACAAAUCUUUUAGUGAUGUGGAAGAAAUUGUACCAGUAGAAGAGCCACUCGCAAAUUUGGUAUCACACCUUGUGAACACCUCUAUCCAGGCUAAGAGUGAAGCCUCCACAGAUGAAUCAAUAGAAGAGCAGCAAAGCGACGAUGAAAAUCCAGCAAUGAAGGAAUGA